AUAUAGGGUGCGCCUGUAUGACGGUUACGGAAAGGUGAAUAGUGGUACAAGUAUAGAUUACCUAAGGUUCCGAGGAUUCAGCUCAGUCCUCCAGCAAACAUCAAAGAGGACUUGUUGAUCUCACCGAGCUGAUCAAAAAGUGACUGAUCCUCGCCACAAUCAAUUCACACAUCGAAUAAUAAAUUCUAUCGACUCUAAUCUCGUCACUUUUCUGCUAGAAGGAAGAUUCAUUCCCUCAGCAAGCUAGUCUGCUUUAAAAAACAAAUAAAAAAGUUACCGCGAGAUAACUAAUACUACUUCAAUAAAAGAAGCAUAAAAAAUAUGAAGAUGCAAGCUGGUAUCGCGAUCACUAUGAUAGUUAUGAUGAGCACGAUGCACUUCGGGGCAAAUGCAUGGGGUGGACUUUUCAAUCGAUUCAGUCCUGAAAUGUUAUCUAAUCUCGGUUAUGGUGGACAUGGUGGUUACUUGAGCAGAUCUAGAUUAUUACAGGGACCCCUUUCGGGAGGUUAUGGGAAUUCUUAUGGGGAUUCCCUGGAAGAGGAAUCCGACGAUCCCUGUUACGAGAAAAAAUGCACAGCCAAUGAACAUUGUUGUCCUGGUUCGAUCUGCGUCAACGUUGAUGGCAUUAUCGGAACUUGCCUAUUUGCUUACGGACUAAAACAGGGUGAAUUGUGCAGAAGAGAUAACGAUUGUGAAACAGGUUUGAUGUGUGCUGACGUAGCAGGGGGUGAAACUCGAUCCUGUCAACCACCUGUCACUUCGAACAAACAAUACAACGAGGAGUGUAACAUGUCCGGUGAAUGUGAUAUUGGUCGUGGAUUGUGUUGUCAAUUGCAAAGGCGACAUCGACAAACUCCAAGAAAGGUUUGCUCAUAUUUCAAAGAUCCAUUGGUAUGCAUUGGCCAAGUUGCUACGGAUCAAAUAAAAUCAAUCGUACAAUACACUUCCGGUGAGAAAAGGAUCACUGGACAAGGGAAUCGUCUUUUUAAACGAGUACCCUUCGCCUAAACUAUUUCUUCCUUGUCAUUGGUUACCGAGGAGGAGAAUAAUUGGGUUAAGAUAAAUUAAAAUGAAACGAUGGCGAAGGAUUAAAAAAAAAAAAAAGAAAA